CGCCGCUGAAAAUGACAACAUUCCGGCUGGCUGACGAUCGUUGUAGCGCGAAAUUGUGAAAACGGUUGGUAUUUGGAGACACAUUUCCCAUCGAAGUACGCCAAAGGUUUGGAUCUGCUCUGCAUUUUUACAGCCUGCAAGACCAAGAAUUUUCAUGGCAAAUUCAUCAUAGCAGUCCUAGCAGCAUGCAGUAGACAGAGCCAUUAUGUCCACUUCAACAUUACAGCAGCGCAUCAUGAAGCGCAGGAAGGACCUGCGCGAGUCUAUGACUCCCACCAUGGACCUAGAGAUGACACAGUCUACUAGUAGGAACGGGACUGUUGCAAUGGAACAUGACGGAGUUGAAGAAAUGGAGACAAUCGUGGAUCCAAUGGAGGAGAUCCGGGAAGCCGAAAACCUGGUGGAGAAGCUGACCUCAAAUCGCGAAAAGAAACUGAAAGAGUUGUCGUCUGCCUUGGAACCUAUUGACGACAGCAAGCAGACGCCUUCCAAAGCCCCAAGAAGGAAAGUCAAGCGUCUGGCACCGGAGAGAGAGAUUGAGACCAUCCCAGAGCAGUUGGGGAGCAGAGAGGAUGAUGUUGGGCAACAGGAGGAGGGAGAGAUGGGCGACGAGGGCAAGGGCAAGAAGAGAAAAGGCAAGGCCAGGAAAGACAGUAAAGAGCCAAUGAGUAUGGAGGAAGCCGUGAUAGCUGCUCAGACAGGUGUGGUCAUGCCGGAAUCCUCCAAGAACCUGAAUGCAUCCAUUAGGGAACGGAUCAAAAUGAGGGUCAUGAAAGCCAAGGAGAAGGCGGAAGAAAAAGAACGAGAAGAAGUUGAAAAGGACCCAGAGAAGGACCUGCCGUCUCGCCUUCUGCGAGGUCUUCGGGCCAGAGAUAUGGCCACCAGAUUUGAUGAUCCUUCAUUUUUGACCAAAGAAGAAGAAGAGGAAGACAAGAUACUACAGCAGUCACUGGCAGCCAAGAGCAAAUGGAAAGCGGCCUUCAAGGCCAUCAAGGCACAGCAAUCUAUACUCCCUUCCGAGGACGAAAUUUACGAUUUCUUCACCCGCAACUUUGACCCCGAGCCCGAGGAGCCGCCUAAACCCACCGAAGAGGACGACGUCCCACCAGAGGACCAACCGGGCCCAAGCACAGCCCCACAGGCAACAGAAGGGCAGGCGGAACCCCCCGCUGGCAAAACAACGGCGGGGUCAAAGGGCAAGAAGGAAGGGGAGGAGAAGCCACUGCUCUCAGAGUUUUUCCUCGAUCGGGAAAACUGGAAGGAUUUCCCGACGGAGAUGAAGGGGCCGGAAUUCAUUGCUCUUCGAGACCGAGAGGACCUGGAAAAGGGAUAUUAUUUCAUUCCGAGUGUUGCUGCAAUUCCUGCUGAGGAGAAGAUUGUCGGGGAUGCAGAGCCCCGAUUUCUGGAGGACGAGGGAUUCUACGUUGGAGUCCGGCCGGAGAUAUCCACACGGAAUCAGAACGUGAUGGAGCAUCGACUGCUGAAUCGACCUGAUAAAGGUAAGGAAUGGUUUGGUGAUGACGGCCGCAUCAAAGUUUUGCCGGACCCGCUGAAAGAGACACCGACCAGACCUAAAAUUCUUAGCAACGAAGAACGGGAGCCAUUUCUGCAGGUUGUGUACAAAAAGGCCGUGACCACAGAAUUUGACCACCGUUACAUCGACGGUCUCGGCGACAACCUCCGCGCUCAGUACCAGCUAGACAUCGACGUCAACAUGCUGGUCUUCACCCAUCAUUCCCUGUUUAGCAAGGAGCACGUCCUGGCCUCCAAGCUGCAGCAGAUGUACAACCAGUUCUUGAAGAGCAAGCAGAAGAACACGGCCCAGUACUUGAGUGAAAAGCUCCAAGCGUUGAAGUUGGCGGUGCAUAACCUACAGAGCCAGCUGCAAGACCUGAAGUCUCGCAAGAUGGACCCGGAGGCGUCCAUCGUAGACCAGAGCUCUCAGAGGAUGAUGGACUACAAGAACGAAAUCAGAGAUGUUAGGAGAUUGCGAGAUAACCAGCUACUCCACGAUCGUCAGUUGCUGCGGAACAUCCUGAAGGUCUGGAAGGACGUGAAGGCGCUGCGUGAGGAACAAGGCUGCACCAACACUCCCGUCAAACUCAGCAUCCACAAAGAGGAAAGCAACAAGGUCUUGGACCAGGCGGAGUGGAAGGCAGCCCUGGAGGAAGACGUUGAGGAGAUGAGGCUGGAGUAUGAGGAAGACCACCAGGGGGAGAUGGAGCGAUACCGGACCCAGCUAGCUGCCUGGAAAGAACAGAACAAACUCAAGAAAGCCAAGAAGAAGAAGAAACGUCAGGGUUCGCAAGAAAAUCUUGCAGAGCAGGAUGAGGCAGAGGAAGAUGCAAAUGAAGCAGCUCAGAUCCCUAAACCAGUUAAACCUGAUUAUGAAUUCAACGAGGAAGAAGCAAGUGCCAAGGUGACAGAGAAGAUGUACAAGUGUAGACGCCGCCCUGGCGAGCCAAUCAUAACGCCGGAGCUGAACAACACCGCCGUCAUCACGCCGACCCACGAGUGCCCCAAGACGGAGCAGUCCCGCCGCUCCGACGUCCAGCGGUGUAAAUGCUUCGUCAAGGUCCUCUUCAACCACAAGGAGGUGUCCAGAACGGCAACCAAAUCAUUGACGGCAGAGUUCACGAUCCAUUUUGGAGAGAUUUUCAACAUUCAGAUCGUCCAGUGGCCCGAGAGUGUUAUUCUUCAGGUUUAUGAGACAGGAGUGUUGAGUAACACCCUGUUAGCUGAGAUCUACUCGGCCGUUCCCGAGACCCAGGUCACCGCCGACAAGAUUCACCUGGAGGAGUUUGAAUUCAGCAGUGACCAGCAUAUAGCCUAUGAUCACAGCGCUGUGGGCAGUGGUGUGUCCUUCCAGCUUGGUGGAGGGGAUUCGGCGCAGGAGUUGACACUGCUCACGUCGGGGGUUCUGAUGUCCAGUGUGGCGUGGGGGCUGGGGGAUGAUGAAACACCCCUAGUGCCACCUGCCAAUCAGAACACAAACGCUCUGAGUGCCGUUAAGCAUCUAGAUGCUGUGGCAGCCAUCGGAGCUACCGGGAUGAUCGACCCAGAGAGACUGGCCAAGUGGGUGGCAGAAGCACGACUGGAUCCUAACGACCCGGCUAAUGCUAACCUGCUCUAUCUCAUGAAGGAUGCUAGGGCAGAGGAUGGCCAGGGGUACAGGGUGCCAGACUUCUUCCGUCUGGAACAGCUUCAGGAGGAGUUCAACUUCAUGACGGAUGCUGAGCUCGCUGCCCUCAAACGUCUGCGACUGAUCGAGCUGCGACAGAAGGAAGCGCCCGAGUUCCGCAACUACAAGAUGAUCCCCGUCCUGGAGAAAGAAAUUCCGGACACUCUUAUCACAGAAUAUGAAAAACGUAAGAAAAAGGAAGAAGAAGGAAUUGUUGAGGAGGACAUGGACCCACACAGAGUAGCUGUCGCCAAAUUCCUUGGCAAGGUUCGAGAGCGAGUGAUUGCCCGAUUCCGAGCAGCCCAGCACCAGUAUUCACUGCAAGACGUCGUCAAUGAAGAACAGGUGCCAGACAUCAGCAUGCUUGGGGGGACACUGGUCAAGCUGUUCGAGCCCCGGCGUCCGCUCCGGCCACAGCGUAAGGAGAGGAAGACAGUGACCGCUCAGAAUCUCUCCGGACUGGACGUCCGACUCCUAGUCAACAUCGAGCGGGCAGUGGACAUCCCUAUUAGAAGGGGCACGGCAAGGCAAGCUGGAACAGGACAGACUCAAUCUGCACCUCAAGUGCGACCGUUUGUGGAAAUUACGUUCCAGCAGACCGUUCAAAGAACCAGCGUGACCGAGGGACCCAACCCCAACUGGAACGAAGAACUCAAACUUCCAUUCAUAGCACCCAACGAUGACUACUCCUCGGCCAACCUUCAGACCGUCAAGGACACGAUCUACAUCCACCUGUUUGACGAAGUGGUGACGGACUUGUUGGAGGAUGACCGAGACCGGGGUACCAAUAUCCACCAGCGAAUGGAACGCAGAUGGCUGGGCAGUAUCUCAAUGCCCUUCACUACAGUCUACUUCCAGGGAAGGGUUAGUGGGACGUUCCGCAUGGAAGCCCCCAUGGUCCUGCUGGGAUACGAUCGCAGCUCGGAGAACGUCAAUCCAGGCUCCGCCAACGCUACGUACCUGACCCUGUUCAUUACCAUUGAGCCGCCGUUAACAUCACCCGAGAAGCUGAAAGAGAAGUUUGAUUCCAACGAGGAUGACAAACUCCUUGCCUACGCCGAGAGCUACCAGACCGAGUCGCUGGCCAAAUUCCCCAAGCGGGAGCUGGUGACCACCGUCAUGGACAUCAAUGGCAAAGCGGUCUUCAUCACGCGCUACUUCCGGCCGAUCAAGCCGCCCGACGAAGUGCUCGGCGACAACGUCGGCGUCAAAGCAGCCGAGAGAGUGGCUCGCUUCGUAUCCUUGAUUCCCUUUGUCUCGGACAGCGUUGUCUACCCAGGCCUCUGUGAUAUCUGGAGCACCUGCGAUCAAUUCCUCCAAAUGCUCCAAGGCGACGAGGAGGAGCACGCCGUCCUCCUCUGCAACUACUUCCUGCACCUCAACAAGAAGGCCUGGCUGAUCAGCGGGGCGGCCAUCCCCGAGGGUCCCACCACCUACGUCCUGACCCGCGAAGACGGUGUCAGCGGCAGCGGGGGUUACUGGGUCUGGAACCCAUCAACAGGGGAGCACUACUCGCAGUUUGACAGCUUCUGUCCGCUGAAGUCGGUGGGAUGCCUGGUGAACCACGAAAACAUCUGGUUCAAUAUUCAGCUUCACGAGGAGCCCAUCCGUAUUGACUUGGACGUCACUAAAGCCAAGAUGUGGAAGCCGUUCUUUGGUCGGAGCUACCCGAACCCAGGCCUAUCCAGUGUACAGCCAACUGAGCUGAAUUAUUAUCAGACAGACAGAGAAUAUGUCGCAGACCUACAGGACAAGAUUGAGAAGAAGCUUCGAGACUGCAUCAUGGCCUGGCGGCCGCGCCACAUCACCCGCUGGAACCGCUACUGCACCACGGUCUUCCGAAAAAUCCUACGCAAGCUGGAGUUCAGUCACGCAGGCACCGACGAACACCAGGGAGAGCUGCAACAAAUAUUGGACUCAUACAAUCUCUGCGGUUUCCCACUGCAGAUGUCCUACACCGAGAUGCGCACGGUGGUGGAGAAAGUGCGGAGCACCAACGUGCACGCCAACGAGUCGUCCGACGUUGAGUUUGGUCUGGCCGUGCACAUACACGCCUACCCUAACAGUGUACUGUCUGUCUGGGUCUAUCUGGCAUCUAUGACAAGGAAGAGAUAGCACUCCUCGAGAGGUCAAAAAUAGAACAUGUGAUUGUCCUUUGACCAACAGACUUUGUUUAAUAAAAAUGGGUAUUUAUAUUUAAGGUACAGUAGAUCAUUUAUCAUUUUUGUGCAUUUUUUUUUUCGUUUGAAGCAACAAAAAGUGCUCAAAAUCUAAAGACGGGUGCCCAACAACUAACCUGA